AUGGAAAUAGACAACCAAGAACAGUUUAACCUAGUAAAAUCUGCUGGAUGCGACCUCAUUACUUCAGCUAGAUUUUCAGAGGCUUCGCAGACAGUUUACCAAAUCCAAACAUGCAAAAAUAUUCCUUGUGGAAUAAAUUGUGAAAAUGUUGAGGUCGAAAUAGAAGAUGACUCACAAACAAUGGACACAGAAACUGAACCAGAAGAUAUUCCUUCUCAGUCUUUUGUCGCUGAAGAACAACAGCCGUUGUCAAUAAAACCGCUUUUACCAAUGAAAACUAGACGAACACAUAGGCAGACUUUAGUGCUAGAUUUAGAUGAGACUUUAGUCCAUAGUGAAAUAAAACCUUUUUCUACAGCAAAUUUAAUAGUAAACAUUUUUUAUCAAGACAGACCAUGCUCCAUUUAUGUGAGCUUCAGACCUGGAUUAUUCCGAUUCUUAGAAGCAGUAUCACAAAGAUUUGAAGUCGUUUUAUUUACUGCUUCCCAUAAAUGCUACGCAGAACAAGUCUUAAAAUUUAUAGACCCAGACAUGAAACUUAUGAAAUAUAGACUUUACAGAGAAAACUGUGCAGAGUCAAAUGGAGUCUUCCUUAAAGACUUAAGAAUGCUAGGGCGAGACUUAAGAGAAGUUAUCAUUGUUGAUAACUCAGUGCAAGCUUUUUCACUGCAGCCUGACAAUGGGAUUCCUAUUUCUUCGUGGUAUAAUGAUAUGAUGGACAGAGAAUUGUACAGGACUGUUGAGAUUCUUGAUGAAUUGCAGCGAGUGGGUGAUGUACGAGAAGUACUUCAUCAAAAGUUUAAUAUCUCAAAUAACUUAAUUAACUAA